AUCCGCAGGGGCGGGGUCUCUUGGACUUCGGAAGGUUGGUUCGGUCGCGGCUGAGGACACGGGGAAGAGCGAGCGAACGGACAGACGUUCGGGGGUCCGGAGGGUCCCGUGAGGAUCCAAGAUGAAUGACAACCUGUUUGUCAGUUUGGACAGGCUUUUGUUGGAAUUUGUUUUCCAGUAUGAGCAAGACAAAAGUGCUAAAGAAGAUAUGAUUCAAAGAAUUAAUAAAUGCCUUGAAUGCAUUAAAGAAAAGAAAGCAAAUGUUUCUAAGAUAUGUGAAGCUAUAAAGAAAACAGAUGAGGAAAUUGCUUAUUACUAUAAACAUAGUAAAGAAAUCAAAGACUGCUAUAAUAACUGGAAGCCAACAUGUGAUGUUUUUCAUAAACAUGAAGAUUAUAUGCAAGAUCAACUUACUGUUUACCAAGAAAACAAUGAAAAAGACAAAAAAAUGUACCAUGAUUAUAUAUGUCAGUAUGAAAAUGUUUUGAAACAAUACCAACUAAAAUACUCAGAAACACGUUUUUCAUGUAAAUAUUAUGAGAAGAAAAAAGAACAUGAAGAAAUUCAAAACAGAGUGUUGGCAUGUACUGAACAACUAAAAAAGAAUGAAACUAUUCUUAUGGAACUUCUAGUUCCUGCUCCAUUCCCAUCACUUACUAAAUGGACAGUACACAUAGUUAAUUUGAGAUAUAAAACACAAGACAUUCUUAAAUGUGCCAACAACUUUACCAAGAGAUCACUUGAAUUGGAAAAAGAAGCAGAUGAUAUGGAAAUAGAAAUUAAUUCUUUAAAUAAGAUUGCAAGACUUUUUGAAAGAAAGAAUUUUUCAGAAGCUGUAGAAGAAAAGAAUAAAAAUACAGAAAAGAGAAAAGAAUUUAAAGAAAGAAUUUUUGAAAAAGAUGAGCAUGUAUUGAACAGAUCCUCUCAAAGUAGCCAGUUACUACCACCUCGUGAGUCUCAGAAAUUUGUAAGACUAAUAAAGAUGCAUUCUUCAGAACCAAGAGUUACAGAUAAAAAAGAAGAAAAUUCAGUCAGUCAGUCAAAGUUUGCUAGUAGUGAUUUGAGACAAGAAAAUGACUCACAGAUAUUUAAUUUCUCUGAUAUGGAUAGUAGUUCAAAAUGUUCACAUGUUACAGCUGUCAAAAAUUCACAAGGUUUUAUGCAAUUCAGAUUGAAUCAGUCAAAUUACAGUCAAUGGAUUGAAAAAGGACAUAUAGAUGCUGAGUGUGGAAAUAAAGAGACAGGAAGACAACUAAGAGAAUCAAAAAGUACUCCACAGGCUGUGUACAUAGAACACUUUGGAAAGCCAAUCGAAAAUAAUAGUGGUGAAGAAGAAAGGACUGAGAAUUUCCCACAAACUCCUGAAACGCCUUUAUUUCCAAGAACUCCAGAAACUAUGAAGACACCUGAAUCUGUGGAGAAAAUGCAGUUCUCUAAAAGCCCCUUCUUUGAAAUAACUAGAAACAUAGGACCUGAAGGACAAAAACAAAAGGAUUCUCCUGGAUUCUCAUUUCUUAUGAGUUAUUCUUCUAGAUCACCUGGACUAAAUUUAUUUGAUUCUUCUGUAUCUGAUUCAGAAAUCUCAUCAGAUCAGUUUAAUGAACAUUACUCUGAAGAAAACCUAAAUCCUUCUUCAUCACAACAAGAAAUUGGAAACUUAUUUGGGAAAUCAGAAGGAGAAGAUACCUUCACGUUUUCUUUUCCCUCAGACGCUUCAACUCAUACAUUUGGAGCUGGAAAAGAUGACUUUAGUUUUCCAUUUUCUUUUGAACAGGAUCAAAAUACAAUGCCUUCCUCUUCCUCAAAAGAUUUUUCAUCCUCACAAAAUAAAACCCAAUUUAUGUUUUUUUGAAUUAUUAUUUUUGAACUAUUAUUGCUCUACAAUAAUCUAGAAAAAAAUCUGUAUUAUCACUGAAUGCAUGAAGAUACAUUUUUGUCAAUUAAGUAGUAAUUUGUUACUACAGUUGAGUCAUUUGAUUGAGGUUAUUUAAGUACUGAAUGUUUCAUUUUUAUUUGUGACAUUAGUUAAUCAUUAUUUAUUUUAAUUUUGGCUUUGACAUCGUAAGUCCUAUCAGACAGUCCUUCUAUCUUAGAGACGUCAAUACUUUUUUCCAUUAAUUUUUGUAUGAUAUUAAGUCCAUUUCUCUCUGGAAUUUGAGAUUUAGUCUGGAGUAUUUUAAUUAUUUUGAUAAUAACAAGAAUGCCUUCAAACAAUCAGAAGACCUCGUAAUGGUAGCUGUGCAGAAUUCAUACGUUAGCAAUUAAAAGUCUUGGAAUCACUGGGUUUUAUUUAGGCUUCAUUAUUGCAGGAUGCAGAAUGGAAUUCUGAUAGUAAUUUUUUAAAAAUUCAUGUCAAUGACAGUAAAGGUUUAUGUUAUUUUCUUCUAAAUGCAAUAACAGUAAAAUUCUAAUUUUGUUAAUUUGUUACUAUGUCUUAAAGAAAGACUAAUAUCUGAAAAUUGUAUUGUUAUAUCUCUGGUUGUCCUGGUUUUGAGUAAACCUUUUUUGAAGAAUAAAAAUUU